AUGGACAUCGCCGCAUUCCCCGACGACAUCCUCUCCGAUGUGUGCCUCUUCCUCGACGAGCCGACCCUCGGGUCCCUCCGCCUCACAUCCGGCCGUUUCCACCGCCUAGCCAGCCGCCCCUUCCACCGCAACCUGCAGACCCUCCGCCUCCACCUCAUGCGCUCCGACCUCGCCCACCUCUCCGCCGUCGCCGCCUUCCCGGCCCUAGCCGCCGCCAUCCGCCGUCUCGACCUCGUCGUACCCCACUACAACAUCACCUCCCGCCUCUCCGCCGCCCCGCACGGCAACGAGACCGGGCUGGGCCGCGACAACGACGACAACGACCCUACCAGCGGCGGCGGCGGCGGCGGCGGCGGGGACCACCCCCGACAUGGAGCGGCGCGCCUGGCUCAUCGAGAACGCGAGCCAGCAACCCGCCGACUCCCCGGCCUGUCGUGGAAGACGCUGUGGAACCAGGCCCGCCACACCUGGUGCGUCGUCUGCCGCUCCAUCGCCCACGCCCGCGUCCGGCCCCGCGCCCUCUCCUGGUUCCAAGACACCCUGGGUUGCAGCCUGACCACUAACGGCAUCUGCGACCACCUCCACAACCUCGGCCCCGGCGAGCUCGCUUCCUUGCACGACGUCCUGCGCGGCCUGCGCGCCUUCUCCGUCAGCUUCGCCCCGCCCGUCGACCUGUGGAACAUCCGCAACGAGCUCGGCGGCGAAAUGGCCGACCCGGACCACCCCAAGGGCGUCGAGAUGAUGCGCCACGUCCUCGGCCUCAUGCCUGACCUGCGCCGCCUCCACCUGCACGUCUACAACGCGAGCUUCCGCGGCGACCAUACCCCGCCCGAGUACUGCACCCUCGCGACCGUGAUGCGGGCCGCUGAUCUGCUCGCGCUCGAGGAGCUGACCCUGCGCGGCUUCUGCGUGAGCGAAAAGUACAUGGUCGACCUGCUGCGCGCUCACACUUCCCUGCGCUACCUCUGCCUCGAGCGGCUCCGCUUGACGGCGGGCUCGUGGGACAACGUUUUGUUCGCCGCGUGCCAAGCUGGUAAUAUCAAGCGCGUCCGGCUGUCGGGCCUCUGGACGCUGCAGGGGGUGACAAAAACGCCACAAUCAUGUACAACGUCAAGCCCAGAGGCCUACAUCUCGCGACGGAAGAUGAGAAUCGGCCGUACGAUUUCGUGUACUACCCUUCCGACGCCAGGUACACGUGGGCAACGCGCGACAUAG